CAUAAAAUUAACAGUAACUUACUGGCAACAAAUAGCCUGCAAGAUCCUGUAUUCCAAAAUACUCUAAAACUAACAACAGUAAUGUACAACAUGCCGUAAAUUAAAAUACAGUAUACUUGCUGUACCAUUAAAUUAUUUACAGUAGUUAAAUUUAUAUAGUCAUUUUGAACAGUUUUUGGCGUACAUUACUAAAGUGAAGCAAAUGUAAGUUAGAUAAUGUGUAAGUUAAAAAAUUUAAAGUAUGUUUACAGCUAUACACUUUAGGCUACAGUAGAGUAGAUACAAGCUGUUUAAUUAAAAGAAUAAUGAAAAGUUUAGGCCUUUUGCAUAUAAAAUAAUUUAUUACACAAUUAAACACUACAUAUCAAAAACAUUAAAAGUUAAUUCAAAAGUAUAUUACAUUUUUUAAUUCAAACUGAAUCCAAGUCUGCCUGUCAAGACCUAAAUAACAAAAUAUAAAAAGCUGUUGAAUUCAUGUGCAGCACAGAUGACUGCCUUCCUUAUAUCAAAAAGCUACUAGACAAUGUAAAAAAUAAAAUAAAAAAAUCAAAUGGAACAAAACUUUGUGAACCUCUUAGCCCCAGAGGUCUGUACAAAAGAAAAGUAUGUUUGGUCAAAUCGGUUUGUCGGCGCCCCCCCAAAUCGGUUUGUUGCAGCCCCCCAGCAGUGUGUGCAAGGCUGUAUUAAGUACAACACGUGCAACACCGGUGGGUUUUUAUUACUGUAAUGGUUGAGUAUGAGAUAUGAGUGGUGUGCGUGUAUAUAUAAUUUAUAUAUUAUAUAUAUAAAUUUUUAUUAUUGUAAUAGCUAUCUCAAGGAUGAAUCAACAAAAAUAUAACCAGGAAUAUGCUAAGCGUUUUCUGUGUAACAAGUUUGUAUGUGCCAAUAUUAUGUGUUCAAAUGAAUAGUGAAAUUACUGUCGUUAUUUUCCUGCUCUUUUUUGAAGAAAAUAAAUUACAGGAAGUAACUGUAAAACAAUUUACAGUACAACAGAGUAGGAAAUACAGCAAUAAUACUGUAAAAACAACUAAAUUAACAGCAGCAUGCUGUAAACCUUUUUUCAGUUAAAAAAAAAGGGAUGAAAAUAAUGAAAAUACUACUAUCGAGUCUCUCACUGCGACCGUGACUCAAUUAGAGAAUAAAUGUGAGGAUUUGGAGUCGAGGCCUGGUGAACGACCACGAGCUAUUGUGUGCAGAUUCCAGUAUCACAGUGACUGUGUUGACAUUUUACGCCGUGCGAGAGAGAUCCGGCGGAUUCAAGUGAGGGAUUUGACCAUCUCCGUUUCCCUGACUAUAUAGCCAAGACAGCCCGGGACCGGGCUGCGUUUAACGAGGUUCGGCGUCAACUUCGUGGUAUUGAGGGCGCUCGCUAUGGAAUACUUCACCCAGCUCGGCUUCGCAUUACAUAUAACGGUGUCCAGAAGGACUUUAUUUCAGCGGAGGAUGCAGGAGACUAUGUUAAACUCUUGAUCUCGGGUUGAACUGCAUCACCUACACAGCGGAGUCUUUUUCGCUCUUCUAUUAUUUUUAUUUUUUUGCACUCUGCCUUCCAGCUUUACAGAAUUCGGAUUUUUCUUGACGAUAUUGUCGUUGCAUUACUCCACCUAGAUUUUGUGGACUUACUCCUCUUAAAAUGUACUUCUGUAUUAAUGUGCUUCUCUGUUUUGAGUGUUAUCUCCUCGGCUUUACGUGCUACACUGUUAUAUUAUUUGUUACAAGUCUUUAAAAGGUGUACUUAAGCACACAGAUGAUGUUUUAUUCCUUGUACCACAAGUGGUGAAACACCUAUAUCUGCCAUGCGUUUAUAUGACACUUAUGUCAUAUAUUCAGUAAUACUUAAACUCAUUAGUGUAAUGCACUGCAAAGUAUGCAACACUGCUGAGUAUGAAGUUAAUGAAGAAUGCUGUCCAAUGUGCUCUCCUGGUCACCAUGUGUUAACUCACUGCGACAAAAAUUCAGGCACAAAGUGUAGAGUGUGCACUGGAUCAACCUACACCGAUGUCCCGAAUGGUCUGACAGCAUGUCUCAGCUGCACUGUGUGUGAUGAAGGUAAUGGAUUAAGGGUAAAGAAGAAGUGUUUAUACAAUUCAGAUGCACUCUGCGAGCCUUUGCCAGGACAUUAUUGUAUAGUAACUCAUGGUGAGAGCUGCAGAAAAGCCAGAGAGCACUCCACCUGCCUUCCUGGAAAAUACAUCAACCAGACAGGAACAGCUUUAAUGGAUACUGUAUGUAAGGACUGCUCUGAAAAGACAUAUUCAGAUGGUUCUUUUAUGCUCUGCAAACCACAUACAAAUUGUGAGUCUUUGGGGCAGAUAACAACCACACAGGGAACACCAUCGAGUGAUGCAGUGUGCAUCUAUAUACCGUCUAAUCUCGGCCUCAUCGUUGGGAUUUUGUUGUCACUGAUAUUGUUGAUUGUCAUUUUAAGUGUUUUAUUAUGGAGGAAUAAGAAAGCUUUAACAUGCUGUAGAAAUCAUUUUUACUGAGAAGAACAUUUUAUAUACAUUAUAUUUGUUUAAUGUGCUUACAGAUAUUUACAAUCUACUGUGUACCACAACAGAUUGCUUUAAGACUACAUGAGAAGCCCAGUUUCCCCUAAAUAAAAUUUCUUAAAAAUGC